GUUGAUAAUUCUUUGUUGUUUCCAUCGCCGGCGAAGUGGAUAAGUUAAGAAGGGCAGCCAACGAGAACUGGAGGAGGAGAGAGAGAGCAGCAGCGAUGGAAGGGAUAAGCCACCGAACGCUGCCGGUGAACGGCAUCAACAUGCACAUCGCCGAGAAGGGCGAGGGCCCCGUCGUCAUCCUCAUCCACGGCUUCCCCGAGCUCUGGUACUCCUGGCGCCACCAGAUCCUCUCCCUCGCCGCCCGCGGCUAUCACGCCGUCGCCCCCGACCUCCGCGGCUACGGCGACAGCGAGGCCCCUCCUUCCACCGCCUCCUACUCCAUCCUCCACAUCGUCGGCGACAUCGUCGCGCUCAUCGACGCCGUCUCCGAGGACCAAGUGUUCGUAGUGGGGCACGAUUGGGGCGCGAUCGUCGCCUGGUGGCUCUGCGUGUUGCGCCCCGACAAGGUGAAGGCCCUGGUGAACCUCAGUGUGCCCUACAACCCACGCAAUCCCAAACUGAAAACGGUGGAUGGGAUCAGAGCUAUUUUUGGAGAGGACCACUACAUCUGCCGAUUCCAGGAACAAGGAGCAAUAGAAGCUGAAUUCGAGCAGAUUGGUACUGCCACACUGUUUAAAAAGGUCUUGACUUACCGCACUCCGGCGGCCUGGAUCAUACCAAAGGAGAUAGGAUUUGCAAAUUCCAUCGAGGCUCCGGCCGGCUUGCCUUCGUGGCUCACCGAAGAAGACAUAGACUACUUCGCUAGUAAAUUUGAGAAGUCAGGUUUUACUGGAGGAUUGAACUACUAUCGGUGCAUGAACUUGAGCUGGGAAUUGACAGCGCCUUGGACUGGGGUCCAAGUAAAAGUUCCAACCAAGUUUAUUAUAGGGGAUCUUGACCUAACUUACCAUACCCCAGGAGCCCAAGACUACAUACACAAAGGUGUUUUCAAGAAGUUGGUCCCGUUGCUCGAAGAUGUUGUCGUGAUGGAAGGCGUCGGUCACUUCAUCAACCAGGAGAAGCCUCAUGAGAUCUCUGACCUCAUAUACGACUUCAUUCAGAAGUUUUAAUGAUAGAACAUUCACUUUCUCCGAUAUUGAAUAAGAACAUAUUGGCAUAUGUGUGCAAUAAUGAUAUUAGCAGUUUAUGAACAAAUAGCAUAUGUUCCAUGAAGAUUUUGGGCCUACUCUAGCAUGUAUUUGGUAGUAAAUCAUGUAUUGAGGUAAAAUAGAAUUUCAUCCUGAAUUAUCUGUCA